AUGAAGGAUAACAUUGUCAACCCGCCGGAGAAGGAUCCGAAUUUGAUCAUGACUGUAGCUGACCAAGGUCAGGGAGGUCUCGAGGCAAAAACCCGAUCAAAUUCGACCACUCAAUCGUCAAUUGCUCUAACAAAGGAUAAUCCUGCCAUCACGACUCCCAAGCGCAGCAGCAAGCGAAACCCUUCAGAAACCGCCGAGGAUGGCGCAAUGAAAGGCCGCUCGCUCUUCCCAUCUGAAGUUCCCCAAGGUCAGGACGUCACGGUCAACACUCGCCCGAAUCCGACCACUCCUUUGUCAAUCAAGUUAACUAAGGACAAUCCGCCUGAUCCCACGACUUCAAAGAGCCAACGCAAGCAUCCCCCUCCUUCCAAAACCGCCGAGGAUGGCGCAGUGCAAGGACAAUCGCUCGUUGCCUACAUCACAAAACUCAAGCUGUCAAAGUUUCACAGGCUCUUCAAGCAGGCUUGGAGACAGGAGAUGUUUGCUCUCGCAACGGCCCAACGGGUUAUCACUACUGACAAAAAGUCGCCUUGCUUUUGGGAAUUUUUGCUCGUGCGACCCAACAUUAAUUGUUCAACGCGCCGAGCCGUUGACUUGGAUGCGGCGAACGGCAUCUGA